AUGGACGUGGCGCUGCUGUCGGCCAACGCCGACCAGCUGCGCACGCUGCUCAAAACGGGUGACUCGAACUCGCCCUUCUACGUCGCCUGCAUGGUCUUCAUCUCGCUGAGUCUGAUCGUGCAGAUGCGCUACAACAUCAACCGACCCGACCACUUCCGCAGGGCCGAGACCCUCAACAACAUCUGCAUGAUCGCCUCCGUCUUCCUCACCACCUUCAACGUGCUGAUCACGUCGUUCAUGGCGGAGGUGCCCGGCGUGACUGAGGUGCUCUCCGUGAACGAGGUGGAGACCCUGCCGAACUUUCCGCGUGACGCUAUCGACUCGGCGGAGCCGGUCGUCGGAUGA